AUGGAUCUUCAAGGCACUCCCAUUGCUCCCGGUCCCCGCAGCACAAAGGUCACCACCGACCCUCGUACCUACCAGCAGCCCAUCGAAGAGCCCUCUGGACCAAUAAUCAACGAUUCCCUCGCCGCCGAGUCCGUUCGCAGUGGUGGUGCUUUCUCUGAAAACCGAGGCGCCGAGCCCAUGGGCGUGUCUGGCAAACAGUCCACUCUGAAGAACACUGAUACCUCAGCCGCAUCUACCCUCCCCUCUGCCCCUGUUGGUAGCCUCCGUGGGGAUAACCAGCGUCCGGGAAAGUAUCCUGAGGCCCUGGGCGGCCAAGGUAAAUUCCCUGGAACCCACAUCACCGGCUAUGCUGGCGGCUCGACUGCCGCUAAGCAGGAGAUGGGCAUUCACAAGGGCGAAUACGCCGCCUCUAAGCACCUGCCAGGUCGGGCCGCUGCCAGCGGCAGCAGCCAGUACAACAACGGCCAAGCCCCUUCUUACAUCAACAACGUGACAGACGGCCACCAGGGCGAGAAGCCCAAGGGUAAGAAUCUGCACGUGGGUGGCUUCAGCUCUACCGAGAGCAACAAUGCCAGCUUUACCUCUGAGAUUGGCUCCGACAUGGACCCUGGUCGUGCUGCAGAGAACAAGUUCCAGCGCCGAGUGGCUGAGAGUGGUGCGAGUGCCGCCGGUCCCCAUCAGAAGGGUGUUGAGGACCAGAACUUGUACGAGACUCUGGAGUCGGAUCAGCGUGCUUAA